UGAGGCGGCGGCAGCAACGGCCGGGGGGAUGGCGGCGGCGGCCGCUCAGCUGCGCGCGGGGAGAGGCGGCGCCGAUUGUUCUUUUCUAGUGGAUAUUAAAGAUGAAAACCUGGACAUUCUGGAAACGGGGCCUCGCAAGAAUCACACAGAAUUUAUGAAAGAAGCAUCAUCUGCUGCGCAGCGUUUCUCUGUUCCAGGCCAAGAGAAUAUUAAAGUGGAGACUUUGUCAAUGGGUUUCCUUCCUCUGUACGGAGAUGACAGUAAAUGCACACUCCUGGUACUAACUGAUCCACAAGAUAAAAACAGAGUGUUAGCAAUUUAUUUGAACAAUUCUUGGUGGCGUACUGAAGAUGUAGUAAAGACGUCUGACCCUUCCCGGGAAGGUCUGAUGCAGGUCCAAACGUUUCAAGAGAGAAUUGUUCUCUUUGUCCUUAACUGCAUCAUUUUUGGCAUGUUGGAGAGGAGCUUGACUCACGAUACGGUUUUUGUUCCUCAUCCUAAGACGGAGCAUUCCAAAAUACUCUGGAGAAGUGGAGAAGCGGCUGCUUUUUAUACCAUCAAAAGAAAAGGAAAUUUGUGUGGCGGACACACCGGCCAAUGUUACAUGCUCCCUGUUUUAGACACCAUGUUUGUACGGAAGAAGUUUAGAAGAUGUGGGCUUGGGAUGCAAAUGCUUCAGGAUUUUUGCCAGUCUUUUCCAUCUGAGGAUGUCUUGGGACUCAGCUGCCCUCUUUCUUCUGGAAUGGAGAAAGUGUGUCAAAGGUUCUUGGAGACUUACCCGAAGGAGCGAUCUCGGCUGUUGGAAGUGGAAGCACCAGGGGACUGGACCCAGCGUGUUAAUAUCUGGCUAAAAAUCCAGCUGGAACAACCCUUUCCAAAAAGUGUGGAUCUCAGCUGUCCUACGCCAAAGUCUCAAGAUGGUGAAGCAGAGCAGUCAGAGGAAGGACGGCUGAAUCCAAGACUUGGCUGCAUUGCAUACCUUGGACCACUGCGGGAUGAAGCCAUGGCAUGUGCUGAUGACAGCAGAGAGGCCCUGGAACGUCCUCCUCGGAGUGAUGAAGCCCUAGUUCAGUUGAAAGCUGAAGAACAAAAAAAAUUGAGGAAAAGAACGAACAGAGGAGAACCAGCUGAAGGGAGUGUUCCUAAGCACUUGAGAACCGUGUCCUAAUUUUUGCAAACAGCAGAAGCAAAACGAGGCAUGAGAUGCAGCGGGGCACAAGAACGCUGAGGAUCAAAUAGCGGGACAGAAAAUCCCUGGUAGAUAUUUCUUCAUCAGUGGACAUAUUUAGCUUGCUGUACACUUUGCCUGGUUUUUGCGACACAGCUUCUAUAAGAAUGACCUGUUUUACAGAGCCGUUGUAAAGGAUGAAUGAGACGGUGUUCGCAUCCUGAAAUGUUACAUACAUAGGCAUUUUUCUGAUGA